CCUCUCUAUUUCUUCCUUUUCUUUCUCCUUCUUCUUCAAUCUCUCCUUGCUUUAUAUAGUCUCUUCAUUCCAGCAAGUACCAUAUCUUAAUUUUCUCACUUUCCACCUUCUUCUUUCUUCUCCAAAACGAAUAGAGACUAGAGACCUAGCUUUCUCCAUCUGGGUUUUCGUUUUCAACUACUGCAAGCUUUUGAGCAGCUUUGAGAGGGAUAAUAUCAAGAAUUCGUGGUCUGGGUUUUGAUCCAGUACUUGUAAGGAUGGAUACUAGUUCGACUUCGGCAGCUAUGGAUUAUUCUUAUUCAUUGGUAGAUACUUCUUUGGAUCUUAACAUUAAUCCUCGACGUUCUAACGAUGUUGCUCCUGUACGAGAAAGAUUAGGCUUGUCCAAAGAAGUUCAAAGCAAUUUCAUGGAGUUGGGGAGGAAGGUUUCUGUGAAACAAGAGAAUGGAGCUUUGGUAGAGGAAUUGAACCGAGUGAGCGCAGAGAACAAGAAGCUCACAGAAAUGCUGAAUGUUCUGUGUGAAAACUACAACGUUUUGAGAAGCCAGUUAAUGGAUUACAUGAGCAAGAAUCCAGACAAGGAACUUAGCCCAUCAAGGAAGAGAAAAUCUGAGAGCAGCAACAACAAUAUCAAUGAUAAUACAGUUGCAAUGAAUAGGAAUUCUGAGAGCAGCUCAACUGAUGAAGAAUCAUGCAAGAAACCAAAGGAAGAAGUAAUCAAAUCAAAGGUUUCAAAGGUCUAUGUGAGGACACAAGCAUCAGAUGCAAGCCUAGUUGUCAAGGAUGGAUAUCAAUGGAGAAAAUAUGGGCAAAAGGUCACAAGAGAUAAUCCGUCUCCAAGAGCUUACUUCAAAUGCUCUUUUGCUCCUACUUGCCCGGUGAAGAAGAAGGUUCAAAGAAGCAUUGAAGACCAAUCUGUUCUAGUGGCAACUUAUGAAGGAGAGCACAAUCAUCCACAUCCCUCACAAAUGGAGGCAACUUCAGCUGCAACUCGUAGUCUGAACCUUGGCUCAGUACCCUGCUCAGCCUCACUUGGCUCUUCUGGACCGACCGUUACUCUUGACUUAACAAAAUCCAAGACCAACAACAAUGAUGCUAGAAUUUCAAAUUCAAGAAUGGAAAGUAGUUCUGAUGUCAGGCAGUUAUUGGUGGAACAGAUGGCUUCUUCCUUGACUAAAGAUCCCAAUUUCACAGCAGCACUAGCAGCAGCUAUUUCAGGAAGAAUGUUGCAGUAGGAUCACACAGAAAAUUUAGCCAUUUACUAUAUGUAUAAUUUAGAUGAUAAUUAUUUUGAGUUUGUAAUCUCUCUCACCAUUUUGAAGUUUGGAUUCUGAUGUAUUUGUAAAUACAACAUCAAAAAGAAGAAAAGGGGAAAGGGAAAACAAAAGCUCCUUUUCUUUUACAGAAAAUCUUUUCUGCAUUUUUGUCAUUUUGGGUACUUAAAAAAUUGUUGAAUGAAAAAAAUAUUUUCUAGCCAUUUUUAAGAA